AUGCCCGAUACGGGCAAUGCUUCACACUAUACGGCCUUUUAUCCCAGGCUUUCUUUGGUUCCUUCCUGUGCAUUUUCAUCUGCGUUGUUGGUCUUAUGCGUGCUUCUAUCUUUACAGGGUCAUCCAGGCAAAGAAGGUCCAUCAGGUUCCAAAGGCAACCAGGGUCAGACUGGUCCUCAGGGUCCAAUCGGCUAUCCUGGCCCACGUGGUGUGAAGGGAACGGACGGAAUCCGCGGCUUGAUGGGACACAAAGGCGAGAAGGGUGAAGAUGGAUUCCCAGGAUUCAAGGGAGACAUGGGUCUCAAGGGUGAUCGGGUAAGAACAACAAUGCUCCUAUAACUCCUCUCCCUUCUCCCGGGAGAGGAAGUAAAUGCUGUAAAGAGAAAGGAUUUCACACACAAAGUUCUCCGAUCAAGUGUCGAUGUUACGAUACAAUUCUUAAUUAGUACGGGGGUCAGAGGUUAUGGGGAGAAGGCAAGAGAAUGGGGUUAGGAGGGAGAGAUAGAUCAUGAUCGAAUGGCGGUGUAGAU